GUGUACCUGGCCCCGGCCUACUACAUCUCCCCCUCCGAUUUCUCCGCCAAGAGCCCGUUUCUGUCCCAGCCGCCUCCCGCCUGCCAAAUGGCUUUGCCUUACGCCUCCGCCUUGCCCGGCCAGGUGGCCCCGGGGGGCGAGGCGCCCGUCGCCUUCCGGGAUUACGCUGGAGGAGGUGGGGGAAGCAACAAGUGGGCUUACCGGAGCGCUUACAGCCCGGCUUACUACGAGGAGGUCUUCCACAGCCGGGAUUUCCUCCAACCGCCUGCCAACAGGAGCAGCGACGCCUUCCUCAAAAGCGACCCGGUUGGCGGCACCCACACCGCACCUUUCCACAGCGCCGUCGGCAGGAACGGCGUUCUCCCGCAGGGCUUCGACCAGUUUUACGAGGCGGCCCGCGGCUGCGCCCCUUGCCCGACCGAGGCAGAAAAGGAGAGCAACCAGGACCUCCAGCCGCCGCCACAGUCGAGGAGGAACGCUGCCGAGCCGAGCUCCCACCUUCCCGGGCCGAAGAAGAAAGCGGGGGACGAGGGCAAGGCGGGUUCCUCCUCGGGGGAGGCCCCCACUCCCAAAAGCCAGGGUUCAGCACUCCCCCAGAGAUCACGGAAAAAGAGAUGCCCUUACACCAAGUACCAGAUUAGAGUCCUGGAACGGGAAUUUUUCUUCAACGUGUACAUCAACAAAGAGAAAAGACUCCAGCUGUCCAGAAUGUUGAACCUCACAGACCGACAAGUCAAAAUUUGGUUCCAGAAUCGAAGGAUGAAAGAGAAGAAACUCAACCGAGGCCGUAUGCAAUAUUUCACAGGAAACCCCUUAUUUUGA